GAAAAAGGCGGCGGUCACCCUCAUCGAUGACUGCAUCGACAAGUUCCGUCUGCACGAGGUGGAGCGCAAGCGUCUGCGACUGCCCGGGGGCCGGCGAGGGUCCACAGAGGGAGCCUGUGUGGAGUUCCUCAUGGGGGGGGGAGGAGAGCCCAUCUCCUCGGCUCUGAAUGAGAGCAUAGAAUACACGGAAGGCCCCGGAGGGGAGGACAUGACUGGAGGUGGAGGUAAAGCCGUGUCCAACGGUGCCAGUCAGAGCAGCCUACGAGGAGCGUUCCCAGAAUGCAUCCUGGAGGACUCCGGCUUCGAGGAGCCCCAGGAGUUCCGUGCACGCUGCAGCAGCCUCGCAGGGAGCCUGCAGAGGAAGCCCGGGGAGGGUGUCAUCAUGGGCCCCCUGCGCCGCAGACACUCCAGCGCUCCGAACCACGUCCAGCCGUCCGACUCGGACAGGAACCGCACCAUGCUCUUCCAGGUGGGCCGUUUUGAAGUAAAUCUCAUAAGUCCAGAGAGUAAAACAGUGGUGCUGGAGAAGAACUUCAAAGAUAUCUCAUCGUGCUGUCAGGGCGUCAAGCGGUCCGACCAUUUCGGCUUCAUCGGUCGCGACAAGUGCGAGUCUGGUCCCAGUCAAUAUGUGUGCUACGUGUUCCAGUGUGCCAGCGAGUCGCUGGUGGAUGAGGUGAUGCUGACCCUGAAGCAGGCCUUCACGACAGCGGCGGCCUUGCAGAGCAACCAGACCCAGGUCCAGAUAUGCGAAGCCUGCCCCAUGCACGACCUGCACAAGCUGUGCGAGCGGAUCGAAGGUCUCUAUCCACCCAGAGCAAAGCUGGCUAUCCAGAAAUAUCUCUCCCAGCUGAGCGACAAUGAGCAGGCUGAGAUUUUUGAACGCGUUCAGAGACUGAAGCCCGGGUCGGACCAAGAGGAGAACGAGCUGGUGGUUCUCCAUCUGAGGCAGCUCUGUGGAACCAAACAGAAGUCCCACCUCCAUAUCGGGGAGGUCCCGCAGAAUGCAGCAAACAGCUCGUCGGCCGGAGACGGCUCGGCCACCGGCAGCCGCUUCACACUGGACGUCCUCAAGAACAAGGCUCGCACCUCCCUAACCAGCUCCCUGGAGAACAUCUUUUCAAGGGGUGCCAGUCGGAUGCGAGGCCGCUUGGGAAGCAUGGGCAGCGUCAGCAGCUUCGAAAAGCAGGAUGAGGAAUCGCCCGGUCACUCCCCUCCGGGCUCCCCUCCCGCCUUCCCCGACGGCGACCCGGAAGGCGGCCAGCAGUUCCGCCGGCGUGCCCACACCUUCAGCCACCCACCUGUGAAGAAGCGCAUCUCCUUCGAGGGCCAGUCGGCCAGCAAACAGGCUCCGCUGCGCAGGCAGCAGUCCGUUAACCCCGAGCUGCUGCAGGGCAGCAAUGGGGAAGGCAGGAAGAGGAACCUGUCCAUCUGCAGCAGCGACUCGCUGAGCGGGGGCCUCCCCCCGACCCCCCGCAGGGUCUCCUGGAGACAGAAGAUCUUCCUGAGGGUCGCCUCGCCCAUGAACAAGCAGCCCGCCUCGAUGCAGCACUCAGACCACUAUGGCAGCAGGGAGCUGUUGCCCCUCUCCCCUUGCGGCACAGGCUCCGGUCUGGAUCCUUUGGGCCGUCCGCUGCCCCCGGCGGGAAGCAGCCUUUCUGGGGAGAGGCCUAAAAGAACGGGCGCCGACUACCGGGCCCUCUGGAAGACCGCCAUCCACCAGCAGAUCCUGCUGCUGCGCAUGGAGAAGGAGAACCAGAGACUGGAGGCGAGCAGGGAUGAGCUGCACAUCCGCAAGAUGAAGCUGAACUACCAGGAAGUGGGCCAGUGCUCCACAGAAACGCUGGCCCUGUGGGACAGAAAGCUGACAGCCCCGGGCAGAACGACGCUCGCGCAGAACAAGGAGGAGCUGCACGGCGCUCUCUGCCAAGGUGUUCCCAAGAGCCGGCGCGGGGAGGUCUGGCUGCUCCUCUCCCAUCAGUACCGGCUGCGCCACAGACUGCCCCAGCGCCAGCAGGCCCUGGACGUCUCCUACCAAGACCUGCUGAAGCAGCUCACCGCCCAGCAGCAUUCUAUCCUGGUGGACCUAGGCCGGACCUUCCCCACACACCAGUACUUCUCGGCCCAGCUGGGCGCAGGGCAGCUCUCCCUCUACAACCUGCUGAAAGCUUAUUCUCUGCUGGAUACAGAGGUCGGCUACUGCCAGGGCAUCAGCUUCGUGGCCGGAGUGCUGCUGCUGCACAUGAGCGAAGAACAGGCCUUUGACAUGCUGAAGUUCCUCAUGUACGACCUCGGUAUCAGGCAGCAGUUCAGGCCCGACAUGGUCUCCCUGCAGGUCCAGAUGUACCAGCUGUCCAGACUGUUGCACGACUACCACCGCGACCUGUACAACCACCUGGAGGAGCACGAGAUCGGGCCGAGCCUCUACGCGGCGCCCUGGUUCCUCACCCUCUUCGCCUCGCAGUUCCCGCUCAACUUUGUGUCCCGCGUCUUUGAUUUCGUAUUCGUCGAAGGGACCGGGGUGAUCUUCAAAGUGGCUCUCUGUCUGCUGAGCAGCCGUGAGGGGGAGAUAGUGGAGUGUGACAGCUUCGAGAGCAUCGUGGACUAUCUGAAAACCACCCUGCCUGCCCUCUCUCAGACCCAGAUGGAAGAGACCAUUGCCAAGGUGACGGAGAUGGACAUCUCAAAGCAGCUGCACGCGUACGAGGUGGAGUACCACGUCCUGCAGGACGAGAUGUUAGAAGCCGGGCCGCUGCCCGACGACUCGGACCGGCUCGACAAACUAGAAAAGACCAACGUGCAGCUGAAGAAACAGAACAUGGACCUGCUGGAGAAGCUGCAGGCCGCGCGGCAGAAGAUCCAGACGCUGGAGACCAGCGUGGAGAACUUCCUGUCUCGGGAGAGCAAAAUGAAGCACAUGAUUCGCUCUCUGGAGCAGGACAGGGCAGCUCACCAGAAGACCAUCGAACGCAUGCGCUCCUGCGUUCCCCCUGACGCCCUGACAGAUGUGGAGAUGACCCAGUUCAAAACGGGACCCAACGGGAAAGCCAAAACCGCAGCCAAGAAGCCCUGAUUGCGACCGGGGGCACGGAGGGGAGGGGGAGGGCGGAGGCGUGCAGAGAAACGGAGGGAACAUACAGUAAAUGCUUCAGCCGCUGGGCUGCAGGUCCGUUGUCGUACAGCUGCACAGACGCGGUGGGGCCUUGUGAGUUUGUGACGUGCAGACUGGAAAUAUCUACGUGGUGUUCAUCAGCGCGCAACAGAACAGUGGGAGGGUGGUUUCAAUCGCGCAUACGAGCGAGACAGACUGUUCCAAUCAGUGCGUCAAAAGCUUCCUGCGCCGUCUUGUCCGUUUCACUGCCAGUUUGAAAGGUGAGAUCAAGAUGUGCAACAUCCUCCCUCUUCACAUACGGCUUUUAGUGUUCAGCCUUCAUGUAUUUGCCACCGGUCUCAGCAGUUGAAAGUUGCCUGUUGGCAAACAAUCCUUUGGACCUCAGGUUCAUUUAGCUAUUAGUGUGUGUGUGUGUGUGUGUGUGUGUGUGUGUGUGCGUGCGUGCAUUACCUCUUGUUUUUGAACUCGUGUCUGUUAUGGAAAUCCUCCCUCAGAGUGUUUUGUCAUUUUCCGGUGGAUGCAAUUUCCCUCCAAAGAGCUUUAGCUUUGUUGCCCCCCCCCCUUGAGUGCAUGUCUUUUCUAUAUCAGGCUUCUGAUGUUAAGAAGACAUAUGUGGUCUGGGCGCUUGACGCUCAAAAACCGCACCACUGCCUUCAUGUGAAAGAUCUUUUAAUACGUGCACUCGCGAGAAGUCUCGAGGGGCAGGAUGUGAGGACGUCUGCCUUCUUGGUUUCCUGUGUGAGUGGCCGCGGCGUCGCCCGCUUUGCGCUGCUGUUCAGACGCCAAGGCGAAGAAAAAAGGAAUGAUCUAAAUAGACACCACACAAGCUCCUGCGUGACACUGUUGUUGUUGUCGGCCCCGGAGUUUGACACGGCUGGCGACGCCCUCGCUUCCUGUACUUCUUGAAGGUGGGACUGCAAGUUAGUGUACAGUGCAGCAAAAUUCAAGUGUUUUGGUGAGUGAAAAGACCGCAAGGGAAACAAUCGCAAGUCAAGUUUGACUCCCUUUUUUGAGUGUGGCUGGGUGUUUCCCAAUGCUGGGUAAUGUACACACACACACACACACACACACACACGGACGCAAGCAAACAAGCCGUGAACUGCCUGCCUGCAUGGGCCGACGGUUCAGGUGAGUUCAAAGCCCGUCCCCCGGCCCCCUCCUCCGUUCGGUUUUCAUCCCACCCCCGUGUCUGACUCACCGUCGCCAGUUCUGAUUGAACACAACACAGGCCUGGGCGUCACGCCGCUUCCCCAAAAUGCACCCUCAAUGCACACGAAAAAAACAAGGUGACGACUUUUCACUCGGAGAGCACUUACCAACUGUGCCGAUCGAAAAAAAAAGAGAUUCAGCCCAGGCAGACGCCUUCGGCAUACAAUGUGAUGCCUUUUUUGUUUUGAGUCCUGUGCGCUUUCAUGCACCCGGAGGCCCCGGCCUAAACUUUUGAUGCCGGGUCACAGGAGCUACACCUGCACACAUGAAAAGUAUGAUUUGGUGAUAAAUUCUGCCUGAUGCUCCCUAUUUUGGUCAAAUGUUCUUGUGAGGACAGAGGUGACGCAGUUGAGAUUCUCUAUCAAUAUAUAACAAAAAUAGCCUCCUGCUAAGCACUCAUUUUGAAAGCUGUGGAAGGAUACGUAAGGCGCAGCUUCUCUUCUCUGUGUAGAAUAUGAAUUUACAUUACAGGUCAUUUAGCUGACGCUUUUAUCCAAAGCGAUUACAAUUUAUGGCUUUUUAUAUUUUACAUUUUACAGCAAUUAGGGGUUAGGUGUCUUGCUCCGGGACACUUUGACUUGAGGCAGCCGGGACUCGAACCACCAACCUUGCGGUUCCCAGCGCAGCCGCUCUAACCCCUGCGCCCUUUUGAAACCAAAGAUUUGGUUACUUUAAAAAGAAAGAGAAUGAAUGAAAAAUGUAUGAUUUGAUCCAAAAUACAUGGUUGCAUUAUGUAUACGUGUGUUUUAGAUAAUAUUGUCAAUACACCUUUGAAGCUUUCUCCUGGUUUAUACUAUGACGAAUGCUUCAAAAGAUACCAAAUAUUUGCAGUAAAAACUUUUAAAAAAAGAUUAUUUUGUGCCAAAAAUAAAUGAUGGCCUUUAAUCUCCAUUCAUCGGAGAUCUGAUGCUGUUUUGUCAUCAUCCAAUGUGGUCGGCAAAGGGUCUUUAUUGUGCAGCCAGCGCUCCGAUUACCAAACAGCGCUUGUAUCGCCGCGUUGUGAGAAGACACUUAAUAAUAGAUGGAAUUCUUUAUCUUCUGUCAAUACAAGGGCUUCACAUAAAACAAAACACUGUCAUGAAUUCUUCAAUAAACUUGACCUUGCCUUAUUUUCUGUCUA